AUGCUGAUUGAUUUGGCUCGGCGGCAACGAAUCUGCGACACGUAUCCAUCAACGUUAGCCGAAAUGACGUUGAACAUCGAUUUCCAAAAGCUCAUCAAAGUACUUGUUUCAAUCGAAGACGAGCCCGGCGGAAUGGUGAGUUGCCUCGCCGCAAAAGAUGCUUGUCACCUGUCGAUUGCGGAAGUGGUCGACAAACUAACGACGGACAUCGACUAUGGUCUAAGUCAGGACGAGGCGGAGCAUCGGUUGAAGUUUCACGGGUACAAUGAGUUCAUCGUUGAAGACAAGGAGCCGUUGAUCAAGAAGUACAUCGAUCAGUUCAAGGACCCACUGAUUCUUUUGCUACUUGGUAGCGCAUUGGUCAGCAUCGUGAUGCGGCAGUUCGACGAUGCAUUUAGUAUCACGUUGGCGAUUCUGAUCGUCGUCACCGUUGCCUUUGUACAGGAAUAUCGAUCCGAAAAGUCGUUGGAUGAGCUUACGAAAUUGGUACCUCCCACUUGUACAUGCGUUAGAAGAGGUGUUUCGCGUCCAAUGCUCGCUCGCGAGCUGGUACCCGGCGAUGUCGUUAUCUUAAAUAUGGGCGAUCGUGUUCCCGCCGAUAUGCGUCUUUUUGAGGUAUUUAUUUUUGAAUCAUUUUUUACUACCUAAUC